GACAAAACCUUACGAUCAUCUGUUUAUCGUUUGGGAGCUCUUGCUGUACCGAAAGUAUGACAAUACAAUGGAAUGGAUUAAAGAUGACUUUGAACAUUACUUGGUAACGUUUUGUUGAUUACAGCAUGUAACAGAUUUUCAAAAGGAUAAAAUACGAAUUUUGUGUCUGGCUCAUACAAAGAACAUUUGCUUGAUAUUGUAAAUGGCAGAAUUAUCAGAAUCGGUGCCGAGUAAUACCUGUACUGCCUUCCAUGAUGUGGAAUUGAUUGAGGAAGUUCGACACUUUUUCAGUCGUUUGAGUACUUCUGAUGAACAUGAAAGAGAGCAAGCUUUAGAUGAGGUGUGUGCUAGUUUGUUGGACCUGGCCAUUAGUGGGUCAGCUGUAGGAGAAUUUAACGGACAUAUUGGCUCCGGCCCCAAGUAUGUCGAUGAACGUACCCAAAGCUAUUUACUUACAGCGAUGCGAUAUCGUCAAACGUGUCCCUACAAAGAUGUCAGGAAUAAGAUGUCUUCUCUACUUAAGUUGCUUCAAAAGGAGCACAAUAUUCCAAUUCCACGACAACAAAACGAAGGUGCUACCAGCUUCAUUCCACACAAAGAGUUUAAACAAACAGGAAAUCAUAAUGAUGACCAGGUUCAACAAAUGUAUAUAGAACAGUUCAUUCAAACAAGUCGUCUAGACCAUGUAACGCAGGUCAUUGGACUUCAUCCAAAAUAUUUAAACGCCUUCCAACGGACCCAUAAUUUUAUGUUGCGCGGUGAUGGCCCCCUGUCCUACGACUACCGCCACUACAUUGCAGUUUUGGCUGCUGCCAGACACAGAUGUGCCUAUGUUGUCCGGCUUCAGGAGAAGGAAUUCCUGUGCCAGGGAGGUGAUCCAAAAUGGCUUGAAAGUGUCAAUAACAUACCACAGAAAUUAAAAGAUUUGUAUGAAGUGAUCAAGAUCCUAGCCCACCAGCCAUGGUUAAUAACCAAGGAACAUAUUGCGAAACUCCUUAAAGGUAAGGAUAGUUGGUCGCUAUCUGAACUGGUUCAUGCCAUUGUGAUCAUGGCGCAUUUCAGUGCAUUGGCUAGCUUUGUAUUCGGUUGCGGUAUCAAUCAGGAGGUAGACAUGGAAGGGGGGUACACUGUUCAACCGACAUCAGUUUCCGAGAACGGUAGUGAUUCAACCGAUGAUUCUUCUAGUAACGGUCUUUCAAAUGACACACAAUUAUCAGAGGCUACCGUGGAUGAACUAAUGUCAAGGAUGAAGAAAAUAAAUGAACAAGAAGAGGAGGAACUCAGCCAGGAAGAAAAAGUAAAAAAAUUUGAGAACAUUGGCAAACAAAAUAUAGAUUUACCCCAGCCAAGUAAGGAAGUGUGCAUGACAAAAGUAGAUGUCACUCAAUACGUAAUUGAGCCAGAAUUUACUUACACAGAUUUCGUAAAGCGAGGCGAAAUUGGAAGCAAUACCACUUUUAGAGCACAAGACUAUGCUUGGGAGGACCAUGGCUAUUCACUUGUGAACAGGUUGUACCCAGAUAUUGGGCCACUACUUGAUGAGAAAUUUAGUAUUGCUAAAGAUCUCACUUAUAACACAAUGGGAAAUAAACAAGAGGUUGACACUUCACUUUUACGUCAAGUCAUUUGGAUCUAUAUCCAUUCGUUGUUUGGAAUUCGCCAUGACGAUUAUGACUAUGGUAGUGUUAACCAACUGAUGGAACGAUCUUUAAAAACAUACAUUAAAAUAGUAACCUGCUACCCAGAAAGAACAACUAAAAAGGAUUAUGACAACUUCUGGAGGGUCUUCAAACAUUCAGAAAAGGUCCAUGUGAAUAUAAUGAUCUUGGAAGCACGCAUGCAAGCUGAACUCUUGUACUCUUUACGUGCCAUCAUGCAGUAUAUGACGUGAUCAAUUCGUAUCCAGUUAUAAUAUCUUACGCUGAACAACCAAAGAAGACAUAAUCUGCAGCACAAUGAAGAGUCACCAGUUGACUUACUUCAAUAUUUCUGUGUAAAAAGUCUUGCAUGAUUCCUUGCUAUCAAUACAGUCGCCAACAUGCUCGGCGGUACCAGCUAGGAACUUAACUACAGUAUUACUGUUCAUAUUUUAUAUACAACUUGGACACGUGUUAUAUUAUUUUCUUGGAAUGGAUAGUAUCUUGGGGAGAUUUGCAAUAUUUUGAUCAAAAAGAAAUACCAACUCUGAUCCUUGUUACAUAACCUACCAGUAUCAGAGAUUCUAUUUUACACAUCGCAAGGAUAACUUGAAAUCAGCUCAAUUAUAUUGUACUAGACUUCUAGGAUAAAUUGCCAGUAAUAAGUUGAAUGUAGUGUUAACCCUUUCCGCGCUGCAGUGUGUGGCUCCAGCGAUUUUAAUAGAAAACCACCAACUUCAAGUGUGCUCUUUUAUUGGGUGCAGUCAUUCUAAUUUUACUUUGAACUUUGACCCAAUAUGUUGAAAAUGAUGUAAUUUACAACAUAAUUUACUCUAGAGGGAUUGAUAGAACUUGAAGGCAUCUGUGAACCGCCCCACACUUUAACUGUUGGUUAACUAGUGCGUUGCCACAAUGCCCUACGACAAGAAAGGGUUAAACUACCUACCGUUUCAAAAAUCUAUGCAUGGCAUUUUCGUAGGUAACUCAAUAUGUUCUUGCGAUUGUUGAUUCAGACAAGGCAGAAACCAAAGAAAGUGGAUGGAUUGUAAACCAAAUGAAAAUUGCGAGCAGAACAAUUUAACAUCAAGUAAUUCCCGUAGUUUUUGAAUCCCAAGUUUGUUCUCACUGCCAUUAGUUAGAGCGUUAUCUAUUUCAAAUGAAGGCCAGUGUAUGAUAGAAUUAUCAAUAGCCGCCCCCACAAAUAUGCACACUGGUGUUUCAGAUGUUAUAGGUGCUGAUAAUCAAACAAUGUUGACAUAUAGUAAUAUUAAAUUAUAAAUAUAAAAUUUCAGAAUAUGAAUAUUGAUAUUAAUAAUUAUCAUAGGUUUAGAUACAUUAUGCUGCAUGCUUCCUGCUGCUGUUAAGGUAUCUAAAGUCAGUGAGAUUGUUGUCGUUACCUAUUGUAUAUGACCCCCGAACCACGUUGGUCUACAACAUUGUCCUUUUUCAACCGUGUGUAGCUCUGGAGAAAACCCUCUACCAGAUGAGAAAACAAAAUUAGACAGUUGUAAAAGUGAUGUCUGUUGUAUGCCAGUGUUGGGCAAAUGUUAGUUGUUAGUUGCACCAUCUUCAAAUGAAUUUAAAAACAGUGUGUCUAAAGUUGACAAGUUUGACCUGUGUUGGCUAGAUCAGUUGAUGGUGUUAUCCAAAUUGUUGAUGUCAGAAUUAUAUAUUUAUUUGAGGGAAUGCUGUGCUUUAGACGAAAGUCAAUUUCCGGCUGACCUUUCAACAUCUAGGUUGAACAUUUGCAUAGUGUAUUGUAAUGUUUGAAUACAUUGCAAUGUAUUAUCGUUGUCAACUUUAAUUAUUUCUAGAGGGAUAAUAAUCGGUGUAUUGUUUUCUAAAUUUCUUUAUGAAAUCCACCAUAAAUAAGAGAUUAAGUAACUGGUGUGUACAGUAUGUGGUAAUGGAGUAUGUAGAGUUUAAUGUUAAGCGUACAUUGCAUUGACUGGUUGGAUUAAGUGAUGUGAUUAUUUUCUGAAGUGGGACUUCAUUACUAAAAUAGAGAGAUCCAUACCUUCAAUUCCUUCUUUAGAAGAGAGCUUAAUUGAGCAUGUAUGAGGGGGUUAAUAUGAUAGAUCACAAAGAAAUAUAUGUGAAUUUGGAUGUGUGGGAAGCAAAGGAAAUGGUGUGUGUAUCUGUAUGUGAGUGUUAUAGGCAUGAUUACAAUGUGGUGUGAAUUUCGACAUGUGGAAAGGAAAAACAAAAAAUUGUGGCAGUUAAUAAGUUAUAUCAUAUACAGUACAUGUCAAAUAUAGAAUACAAAAUUUAUAACAAUCUGGUUAAAUUGUCAAAAAAUUUAUGCCAGUACUGUAUGUUAGAUCAGAGUUGUAGAAUUAUUUCCAUUACCCCUUUGAAAAUACCAAUAUUAUUGAUAUAAGCUCAAAUAAUUCAUAUGGUUAUUGAUUUGGCUCACUAAUUGCUACUGCGCUGUUACAGUGUAUACAUUGUCAUUUGUACGAUUAUUUUGAAGUAUACAGUAUUUUUCUAUGCUUAGAAUGUGAUGGAUGGAAUGCUUCAGUGCUUAUACCAUUCAUGCAUCAGUCAGAGGGUAACACUAUCCUCUUUUGUGACGAAGGCUUUACCCCGUUUUGGUGAGCAAUUAUCUAUAAGGUGGCUUCAUUCCUUUUCGAUAAGCAAGUAUCUUUGGGGUGGCCCUAUUUGUUUUUAAUCAGUAAGUGACCUGAUGAUAACUUUAUUUUGUGAGGAAACAUUUUGAGGGUGGCGCAUCAUUUUUCAGGAGCAAGUUUUUUUUAUUGAUCGAUUUGUCCCAUUCUGAUGAGCAUGUAUCUUUAGUAUAGCCUCAUCUCAUUAUUAAUGAAUCUAUUUUAAGGGUGGCUUCAACUUAUUUUGAUGAGGGAUGAUCUCAAGUGUGACCUCAUUCGGAAUGAUAUCCAACUCUUUGAAGGGUGGCAUAAGGAGUAAUUAUCUUGGUUAACACCCUCCAUAGAGGAUAGAGUUUUGAGGCCACUUAUGAAUGAUGACCUCAAAAUAUGCUGAUCCAUCUUUGUCAUAAUGAAUAAUUAUCAUGAAUUUGCACCACAAACUGAAGUUAAUGUGAAUGUAAACAAGCCUUGUAUUAUGGUUUCAAACUAUCAGCAUAUAAAAAAUUUUUUGUCCAAAUUCAAGCAAUACAAAGAAGAAAAUGAAUAAAUUUUUUUACAGCAACAUUGUUUUGAACAGUGUGGUGUUGAUAGUACAGGUUUCCAUAAUGAAUGCUGUUAAAUUUGUUUAGAAAUGUUUGAUACUGUUAAGAAUAUUUAAUUUUAUACAUUGUAUUCAUGAGGAUUGAAAUUACCUGAAAUCAUAUAAAAUAGGUUUUUUGGUAAAAAAGGAGAAAGAUUGUAAAUAUAUUAUUUAUUCUUCAUUAGCUUAUUAAUUUACUUGCAAAGUUGAUUGCAGCUGCUAAUAAUAAUAUUAUAUUAAUAUAUUAUAAUAUAUUAAUAAGAUAUUAACUGUUGAAGUAUAAUAUUUUAAAAGUGGGACUAGCAGACAUUGAUUUUUAAUCACUUCCGAAACGACAGAUCUUCCAAUGAAUUAUAGUGCAUAGAUAUUCAUUGCAUAUAAAUGUGCAGGAUUUUUUGGGAGAGGUGAGAUACAUGCAUUGUUUAUUAAUUUGGUCUAAAGCUUUGUCUACACCAAUGUGACAUGUGAUUUGACUACAUAUGGGUGUGAUAUAUUAGGAUCAUGCCCAAAUGAAAGCAAAUCAGAUAUGUCUCAGUUAGUAGUGGAAACAGCUUAAUACACCAUCAAUAAUCUUGGUGUUAAAUGUGUAUCUAAACCACAAUAGAACAGGGAAAUAAUUUCCCAGGAUGUUGUGUAUGCUAGUAAGUGUAUAAUGGUAUGUUUUUAAAGUGCCACAUGAUUGGUUUGAAUUAUUAUAUAAGUGUAUGCAUGCUUUAUUUGAUGUAUCUAAAGCUUUGAGCUCUGCGGCAAUAAAGGAUUUCCAAGCGGUGUGUAUAAUUGUUCUACAACCUAUCUAAUCUGAAAUUCAAUACCAUUCCCAUUCUUAAUCUGUUGUAGUUCACUGUUGUAACUGAUGUUAAAUAAAACACAUCAAAUGA